CCCUUGGUCCUCCUUGGACGAAGAGGCCAAAAUGUCGGCUCAGAAGAUUGUAGAGGACCUGAUCAAGAGCACUACGGUUGCCGUGUUCAGCAAGAGCUACUGCCCUUGUGAGUCGCCCUUCAGAGAAUGUGUGAUGGAAAGAGGGAAAACGGGAGACGCAUGUUUCUGAGGAGAAGGGCGCAAAGUUAUGGACAGUCUCGCACGUCAUACAGCCGUAGGAGAAGCAAGACCUCGGCACUGCUUCACCAGAUCACCUUUCACGUGCAGCAUACUGACCUCCCUGCAUUGGCAUCUCGCGCAUUCACAGACUGCUCCCGCGUCAAGUCCGCUCUUCCCUCUCUGGGCGCUCAGUUCAAAGUGCUGGAGCUGGACCAAGAAUCUUCGGGAUCGGAGUACCAGUCCUACCUGGCCGAAAAGACGGGUCAGAGGACCGUUCCCAACGUGUUCGUCAACGGCAAACACGUGGGAGGUUGCGAUGACUUUUUCAAGGCUCAGAGCUCGGGAGAGCUGAGCAAGUUGAUUGGUGCUUGAUGCGGAUACGAUGCCUCGACCUGGAGCAGGAACAGGCAGGCGAAGGCCUGUUCUAGCAGCAUCAGGUUGAAGAGCGGUGGUGUGCAAGAAGACUGGAGAUCGUUCUCAAGACGUCAAUGGAUCAGCAUCAUCCGCAACGUCCUGGCCACUUUUCUGCUGUCCAACCACUCCUGUCGUGCUCCCUCUGCUCUACCACAUCUGCGCCCUCUCGAUCUGCAUUGAAUCGAACAUAACCGCUCCAUGUUCUGUUGCUUCAUCAUAGGUGCCCGCUGGUUAGUCUUAGCCUUUUCGUCUCUGGCAACAUUUGCACUUCUUGCAUGUUCGCUUGUGUCACGCAAAUGAACAGCUCAAAGAUGGCGCAGGCGAGGCGUUUGCGCUAGGGAAAUGGAUGACAUUCCUUGCCUUUCUUGCGCCCAAUGGCGCGAUGCAAGGUGAGACUUCGCGUUUGCAAGGGAGAACAGGGAGCGGAAUCGAUU